AUGUAUUAUUUAAAACAAAAAUUUUAUAUAAUAUUAAACAAUAUUUGUUAUGACAAUUGUGGAAUUAAAUUUAUACUAAAAGUUUUUGCUCAAUCCAAAGAAUGUGUUUCCAAUAGCGUAUUCGCACAGUUAUCACCAACACAAUCAACAGCAACCAACACAACAUAUAGUAAUAGUAAUAGUAAUAGUAAUAGUAAUAGUAAUAGUAAUAGUAAUAGUAAUAGUAAUAGUAAUAGUAAUAGUAAUAGUAAUAAUAAUAAUAAUAAUAAUAAUAAUAAUAAUAAUAAUAAUAAUAAUAAUAAUAAUAAUAAUAAUAAUAAUAAUAAUAAUAAUAAUAAUAAUAAUAAUAAUAAUAAUAAUAAUAAUAAUAAUAAUAAUAAUAAUAAUAAUAAUAAUAAUAAUAAUAAUAAUUAA